UGGUGGUGUUGCUGUUGCUGUCUUAGUGGAAGAAGAAGAAGUAGAUGGAGAGAGAGAAGAUCACCGAAGAUCACCUAUCUAAAGAACAGUGGAGAAGAUGCACGCACGCGUGAAAAAGAUCAAUGUCGACAUUCCAGUAGAUUUGUGUCCACAGUUAGUCGAAUUUGAAAAUGGGAACCUGAAUAAUGUUCACGAUGUUUCCAAGAGGAUAAAAUUCAAUUUGCAAAAGCCAAGAUUCAACGAAAGUAAAGAGAGAAUUUUGACUGCAGAUUCUGCAACAUUGAAGUACAUUGGACAGCAAGUAGAACUUCCUUGUAGGUAUUAUAUAGGUGUUGUGGAUAGUGAUAGUGGUGACAUGGAGAUCUAUAACACAAAUAUGUUUCACAUGAAGCCAUCGAUUACAGAAGAGAAUAAUAAGUUAUCAAGUACUAAUGGAAAUGAAGUGCAAAAAACUCUAGCUGAAAAGAAUGACCUGUUAGUUGAAGCGUUUGGCACAGCAAAACAAAAGAGGGCUGUUUCAGCAAGAAAGAGAAAUAUCGUUGAUAAAGCCGAGAUCAAUACAAAAAUAAAGAAAAUGGCAGAUAAUAUUGACUUAAGUAUAUAUUCCCCAGAACCAGAUGAAUCACCAAUGUGUUCCAUCGCGCCUCCAAUCAACCUUCAAGCAUCGACCCCAGAUCAGCUAUAUUCCAUAUCAGACAUCAUUUCCCCGGAAGACGAACCUGCUUUAAUGGAAGAUGCAGCUGAAUUUAUGACGGCGGAUAGAGAAACAUUAGAAAAAUGGCGCAGCGAAGAGAAAUAUCCCGAAUAUGUUUUGGAUCACCUAAAAAGGCUACCGGCAGAAGAAGAUGAAAAGCUGCUCACAGUAACUCGCCUCCGUUAUCUUACUUACAUGGUGCAAUUUUUCAAAUUGACACUUGCCAGUUUGCGAAAGAAAGAUUGCCUCCCUGGUGUUCCUUCUCAGAUUAAAGAUCGACUGUUUUCAGAAUUUUCUCUUGAAAAAAACAAGAAAAGGCUCAUUCCGAAAAGAUUCAAGGACAAAAUAUUGUGUUACAUGCUGGUGCUGGCGCUGCUGAUAGAUGAAUGCGUGUUGGACUGCUCGUCUUUGAUGAGAGACCUCAAACUAGGCCCUGCAAGGAUCUCUCUUCACCUGAAAACAGUUGGAUGUUAUGUUGAAAACAAGAGAGUUAAAGAAAGUGAAAGUGAAUCUGCAAAGAAAUCCAGAACUGUUACAGUUGCAAGUCUAAGAUUGCCUUUACCUAGCAGUUUCUUGCAAAGAAAGGAAACUCCAUAAAUAACGUGAAAAUUCUUGUUCUUGGGUCUGUCUGUUUGUGUGUUGGUGUUGUCCAUAUUUCUUGUCAGAAGAUACUCUGAAACCUAAACUGAAAUAAAACAGCUUCAUAUGCGCAUAUACUUUUAAAAAUUG